UGGGCAACGGUCACUUUCCAUCUCCCCCAUCAUGUACUGAAGUUAGUGGCUGGAGCCAUCGUCAGCGAGCUGAAGAAGAUAAACCAGAACGUAGCUGCCUUGUCUGUAGCCUCCUCCAUCAUGGACAGGCUCUCCUACCUCUUGUCAAGCGCCAGGCCUGAGCUCGGGGUGGGCCCUGGACGCUCUGUAGAUAGAUCCCUGAUGUACAGCGAGGCCAACAGGCGGGAGACGUUUACAUCAUGGCCACACGCUGGUUACAGAUGGGCUCAGCCUGAUCCGAUGGCUCAAGCAGGGUUUUAUCACCAGCCUGCCUCAACAGGGGAUGACAGAGCUAUGUGUUUCACCUGCAGUGUGUGUCUAGUCUGCUGGGAGCCGACGGAUGAACCCUGGUCUGAACAUGAGAGACAUUCUCCCAACUGUCCAUUCGUGAAAGGAGAGCACACUCAAAAUGUUCCUCUGUCAGUAACCCUGGCGACCAGUCCAGCUCAGUUCCCCAAUAGUCCUGACAGCUCAGACAAGAUCGCCUGCUAUGGGUUUGGCAGCUGCCCACAGUUCCUAGCUGCUGCCACAAAGAGGGGCAAGAUCUGUAUCUGGGAUGUUUCUAAAAUGAUGAAGGUGCACCUAAAGUUUGAUGUGAACCCAUACGACCCGGCCAUCCUCCGGCAGCUGAUCCUGUGCAGUGGUGAGCAGGGCCAGCAGGCACUGACCGAGUCUCGAAGGCCCACUCUCACUUGGUUGGAGGAGUCCUCUUCCUGCUCUGACCUGCCCAAGCUAGAGGGGGAUAGUGAUGACCAGCUGGAGGACUCUGACAGCGAGGAGCCUUCACGAUCAGAAUCGAUAACAGGUCAGCCAUCCCAGUGGGAGAGCAUGGACUUGAGUCUCAGUGUGACAGCGCUCAGUGUGCUACAGCAACCAGAGAAACUUCAGUGGGAAGUAGUUGCCAGUGUUUUGGAGGAUACUGUCAAGGACUUGGAGGAGCUUGGUGCAAACCCCUCAUUAAACCAAACAAAGGCCAACAGCCAGGCCAAACCAAAAGACAAGGUGCCUGAACACCACAACAUUCCCUUUCCCUGCUUGCUAGCUGGAGGGCUUUUAAGCUACCGCUCAGCCUCCAUUACCCCCAUGGAUGUUCCACCAUCUCCCUCAACUUCAACACGCAGGACCACUGAUGGUCCACUAAGGACUCAGGCUGCUGAGCCACAUGCUGCAUCUCUACAGGAACAUGGUCCAAUGGAGAUAGAUCCUUGCCACCCUCAGUCUGGUACCCAAGAGCAAGGCUUCUCUAACUUGGCAGGUUCUCAGCUGCUGAGUCCCUCCUCUAUGCCAGCUGUGCGCAGGACUGUACCUGUGCUACUGCUAUAUAGUAUUAGAGAGGUGGAUGACAAAUCCUCAGGGCAGGUAUUUGCUCAGAUGAACAAUUUAAUGAGCAAGGGUCUACAUGAGGAAGGCUUUACUGUGCCACAAAUCAUUGAAAUGGAGUUUGAUACACAUGAGCAACUACUUCUUCAAGACCCUCCCAUCACAUACAUCCAGCAGUUUGCUGAUGCAGCUAAUCUAGCAGGGAUAGAUGGGCAUGUGGACAAAUGGAACACACUGGCAGCAGCAACUGUCUCCAACCCCCCUCGACCCGGAACCCUGGUACAGUGCUUAAGGCUUCCGAAGCAGCUGGAAGAAGAGAAUCUUUUUGUGGACUCCAUAAUGCCGUGUUGGGACGGGGUGCACCUUUUGGUUGGUCUGAAGCCUUGCGGUUUUGAGUCUCUAAGUGCUUCAAACCAAGUUGAGGCUCUUAACAAUCUAAACCGCCUCCACUCAGCCCUUUGCAACCAGCGCGAAACAGACUCCCUUCGCCCGUUGGCCAAUGGAAUGGAAGGCCAUCUCCCAGGGGGGUCUCCACCUCAGACCCCCUUCAUAGUACCUCCAGGAAACCACCAGCAGCAGCAGGAGAGGUCCCAGAGUCGUGGGAGUGGAGGGGGCUAUCUCGCACUUUACAAGCUCAAUUACUCCACCCGGAUUGUCACUCUGGAAGAGGAGCCGAUCAAAGUACAACAGAUUUGGGACCCUUGUGAUGCCAUUACUUCUCUAAUUUUGCUCCCCCCAGAUGUGCUUGACAGUAGAGAAGAUGAGAGUGAAGAGGCCUCCGAAGAAUCAGUUCUUUCAGCUUCAAAAAACGGUUUUUCUGGGCCCGGGGCAGAAAUUGAGACUGCAUGUGAAGCGGGCACAACUGGGAGUGCUGGUAACAUCACCAGUCCUUCCACCUCUGCCUACAGCCACAAGGAAUGCAAGAAGGCAGAAAUGACAGGUCUAGGACACCUGGUGGUCACCACACAGGCUGGCUUUAUCAUGAUAUUGGACCUAUCCACUUUGGAAGUUCUAGCGAAGGUGGAACCACCCAAAAAGGAUGGGUCAGUUGAGGAAACUGACCCAUUUGUCUCAGUGACAUACUGUUCUGGAACGGACCGCCUUUGUGCCUGCACUAAAGGUGGAGAACUUCAUUUCCUUCAAAUUGGAGGAGUUUGUGAUGAUGGGGAUGAUGGAGAUAUGUUUAUAGAUGGCCCCCUUUCUAAAGGGGCUGAGCCGCUGCUUGAGGGGGCCAAGCCCUCCUCCAACCCGUCCAGCCCUGGAAUCACAGGAGUGGACCUCCUAGUGGACCAACCUCUGACCACUGAGAGUCUGGCGUCAUUGAUGGAGUUGACCCGGUUUGAAACGUUGACGCCGCGUUUCUCGGCCACCGUUCCACCGUGCUGGGUGGAGGUGCAGCAGGAGCAGCAGCAGCGGCGCCACCCACAGCACCUUCAUCAGCAGCACCAUGGCGAUGCGGCCCAACACACCCGCACGUGGAAGCUCCAGAGUUACAGCUCCAGCUGGGACGAGCAUGUGUUUGAACUGGUGCUGCCUAAAGCAUGCAUGGUGGGCCAUGUGGACUUCAAAUUUGUCCUGAAUCCCAACAUUGUCAACAUUCCUCAGAUCCAAGUCACUUUACUGAAGAACAAAGCACCAGGGCUGGGAAAAGUCAGCGAUACAGCGGUGGACAGACAGAUUGCUUUUCCUCUCUCAAACGUCUUGCAGACCAACGGGGACAAGACCAGCCAGCCUCUUCUGCAGGACUUCACAGAAGACAUCCACUUCAUGGACAUUGAGGAGACAUCAGGAUCGGUGCUGUGUCCAUUCCUUGAGGACCAUAAGGAGGAUAUUUUGUGUGGGCCGGUGUGGUUGGCCAGUGGGCUGGAUCUUUCUGGUCACUCUGGCAUGCUGAGCCUCACCAGCCCCAAGCUGGUCAGAGGCAUGGCGGGAGGGAAGUACCGCUCCUUCCUGGUUCACAUCAAAGCGGUGAGCGACAGUAGCAUGGAGGAGAGCCCGAGGCCAGUAGUGAGGUUGCCCAGCGCCAAGCCUCAGAGCUCCAAAGCUCACUCAUUGUCCUCCCUGCUGCAGCAGACCCAGGCCUCCAAGGAGAGAGCUGCUACGGGGAAGACGGAGGGAUCAGCGCAGUCAAAGAAGGUGGAGAACCUGCGAGGCUGCGACCUGCUGCAAGAAGUCUCAGUCACAAUCAGAAAGUUCAAGAAGACAUCAGUGCCCAAAGAGAG